AUGCUUACUAUUAAUAGAUAAAUCAUUUACAAAUUGCCAGACUUCAUACUAAAUCUUAAUAUUGAUUUGUCAUCUCCUUAAACCUAAAUACCGACCUCCUUUUCUCAAGAGAGAUCCUGUUUUAGAUGUUUUGAUGCAAUCAAAAAUGGUUAUAUUAGAGGGAAAAUAUAACCAAAUAAGCAAAAAUUACUUUGGUUGAAAAUGCAUAAAAAACUUUGAUCAUUUAAAUUGAGAAAGAAGAUUUCAAUUUUAAAUGCAAGCAGUAGAACAACAUAUAUUAAAGUUAAGCAAAUGAAAGAAAUAUUUUAAAGUUCUUACUGAAUAAAAAAGAAUUCAGAAGAAAAUCAAAAUUAUUGAUCUAUUACAGAAUUCUGAUAAAGAAGAGAGUUAUCAGGAGGAGAAAGAUAAAAACUAGAUGA